UUAUUGCUGCAAUUACUCAAAGGCAACGAUUGGAAAAGAUCCGGCAUGUUCCCUCGGGUGACCUUCUGCGAUAUCGAUAUCACUCAAGUUGGACAAGCGAACACUCAUACGAUACAAUGCGUCCUAAUGGCCAACGUAUUCAACGAGAAGCUCUACUUGAUGCUCUGGUUUUGGCUUGUUUUCCUCGCAGUGGUUAAUUUGAUCAGUGCCGUGAGCUCCACGCUUCUGCUCUGCUGUCCAUAUUUACAUUAUUCGCGUGUAAUCGCCUUAUUACGGGUAAUAAUUUGUAUUAUAAAUAUUAGUUGGUGACA